AUGGCGCCUACCCUGGUGGAGCAUGUUGUCGCAGACGCAGGAGCGUUUUUAAAGAAAGCCCCUCUCCAGGACAUCGGCAGGAACAUCUACACUCUGAGAGAUGUGGUGGACGAGAUCAGAGACAGACCCACCAGGAGGAGCCUGGCCUUCCUGCCGUACCAGCUGAACUUUAAGGAACCACGUCCGGAACACAUCAGACUGGUGACAGAGUUCUCCAAGAAGACGGGAGACUACCCGAGUCUGUCGGCCACCGACAUCAAAGUCCUGGCUCUGACCUACCAGCUGGAGCUGGAGCACGUCGGCUCCCAGCACCUGAAGAAAGAGCCCGAGGUCAAGGUUAAGAUUCAGAGCACACAGCGACACCCAGAGACUCCCGUUAAUGUCGCAGGCUUCCACUUCCCCUCCAAGAAGCCCGUGGAGACUCUGAACGUCCCACAGACUCAAACGGAGACGGAGUCGUCACACGUCGCCGACACUGACGAGUUCAACAGCUUCCACUUCUGGAGGGAGCCGCCGCUGUCCAUCGACGACGGCCUGCUGGAGUUACUGGACUCGAUGGAGGUUUUAAACUCAAAGAACAAACAGAAACAGACGGACGCACAGACGGACGCACAGACGGACGCACAGACGGACGCACAGACGGACGCACAGACGUCAGCUGACAGCGACGAGUUUAACAGCUUCCACUUCUGGAGGGCGCCGCCGCCGUCCAUCGACGACAGCCUGCUGGAGUUACUGAAAGUGGACGACGUCUCAGCGAGCAGGUCGGACACAUCGCUGCCGACCGACGAGCCGGACGACCAAUCAGACGACGAGGACAAAGAGAACGAGCCUGAAGAGGAAGAGGAGGAGGAUGAUGAUGGAGGUGGUUGGAUCACUCCCAGCAACAUCAAACAGGUGAAGAUGGAGUCUGCUGAUUGGACGGCUCCUGCUGAUGUCAGAGUUGGAUGUCUGACCACCGACUUCGCCAUGCAGAACGUUCUCAUUCAGAUCGGACUUCAUGUUCUCUCCGUGAACGGGAUGCUGAUCAAACAGGCGAGGAACUACAUCCUGAGAUGUCACGCCUGCUUCAAGACGACCAGCAACAUGAACAAAGUGUUCUGUCCUCACUGUGGAAACAAGACUCUGAAGAAGCUGGCAGUGACGGUCAGCGAGGACGGCAGCAUGCAGAUGCACUUCUCCAAAAACCCCAAAGUGCUGAACUCGAGGGGGCUGAAGUACUCGCUGCCUCUGCCUCAGGGAGGGAAACACAGCCACAACCCUGAGCUGGUGGAGGACCAGCGCUACCCGCAACAGAGACUGUCCCGCAAAGCUCGUCAGAAGACCGACGUCUUCAACCCGGACUACGUGGCCGGAGCCUCGCCGUUCUGCGAGAACGACAUCUACAGCCGAGCCGCCAACCUCCAAAUCAGAGACGGCCAGUGCGGAGGCGGCAGGAGACGAGCAAACCCCAACGCCCCCGGCAAGAAGUUUGUCAAAAAGAAGUGAGGAGCUGACAGACGGCUGGACUCAUGUAAACUGACCGGAGCUUAAAUGAAAGGAUCAUAUAGGAGGUUCUGCAUGUUUGAGUCUGUUAACGUCAGGUCCUUCAGGCUGUAGGUGAAGCAAACAGAAACAGCUGUUUGGUCCUUUAAAUGCAACACCAGCAUUUUUCCUUCUAAGAUUUUGAAUACAGAAGCGUGAAGAGUGUGUGUGAGUGUGUUGACCCAAUUUAUCAAUAUAAUGUAUCAAUAUUCUACCUGAAUAAAGUCAAUCACCAACCUCA